CCCUGGAUGGUGCUCGGGCAUAAUUUUGAGCGAGAGCUCAAGUUGAAAUGCUAUAUGUCGCGCUCGCCAGGACCCCGCCAACUUAGCCUGAAGCUAUUUUGAUGACAUCUAUACGAGAAUUAAUGUCGACGGCAAUAGAUUCAGGCCCCAAACAGCGCAUAUGCGAGAUAUGGGCUUCGGUCAAUUUCGCGACUUGAGCCCCGAUAAGCAUAAUUUGGACCUUUGCCGACCACUUCUGGCUGAUGAUGAUGUUGGUUAUGUACCUACAGAAAGGCGGCGUCUAAUCCGUGCGGUAGGAUUUGCCCCGGGGCAACGUCCAACGUGCGGGUUUGGCUGGGACAAGGGGGGUCAGCUUUGUACAGCUGGAAAAAGGGCUGAGCCCCCGCGGGAUGCUUGGGGCCGGCGACUCCAGCGAGCCGAUCAGCACAUAAUAGCCCCCUGUUAGCCUCCAAGCCACUGCACAAGGCACGGAACUGUGGUUAGGGACAUCCGUGACGGAGCCAGGGCGGGGAGCCAGCAUGCGCGUGGGGCCCAAGCGUGCCUUGCCAAUGCGCAAUGGGGUUUGCCGCGUUCAUCUUGUUCACUUUCUUCAACACUAGCUUAAUUUCACCAUAUAUACCUACAAUGCCAGGAUUGCUGGACCGCCGGCUCGCGGGGCUUGACCUCCGAGAGCUGUAUGCUGACCUGUACCAACCGGACAUUAUUCAUGAAGCAGCCUCAAGCCCUGACGUCAAGGGCAGGCGAGUGUUGGCGAUAUUAGUGGCAGCGAAGGCGCCGCCCGAGGAGCUGCUCGCGCCGCCUUUUCUGGCGGCCGUUGGCCUCCGCGGCUGCCACGCUAGGGCUUUUGCCGCGGCUGGAGCGGUUGCCGCACAGGCGCAGGAGUGGGCGGGCGCGGGCGCGGGCGCGGGCGCCGCGCUGUGCUGUGAGGCCAACAUAAAGGCGGCGGUGGUGGCCACCGCCGCGAUGGCCCGUAUGGACGCCAACCCGGACGAGGAGGUGCCUGUGAUGGAUCAGCUGGUGUCUGCAGAGCUGCUCACGGCGCUCUGCCACCUGGGCGGCGCUGAUCUCAGCACGCCGGUGGCAGUGCUGUGGGAGUGUGAGGACGCCUUCGACUUUGCCGGCCAUGAUGACUGCACAAGCAUGUUUGACUUCACCUUCGGCCCCCCGGCGCUGGCGCACCAGCUGCCGCUGGGGUCCUGGAUUGCCAUCGCGGCGGCCCGGAUGGGCCUGCCGCACCUGCUGUGGGCGGCACUGACAUGGGCGCACACGUGGGACGACAGCGUUGCGGGGGUGGACUGGGGGCCGGACCCAGGCAUCGGUGGGGACCUGGUCGGACAGCAGGCACAGGAUGAGUUUGAGGCCUACAUGCGCAAAGUCCACCGCAUCCGCCAGAACAGCGUCCUGGGCCUCGCUCUCUGGCGCCAGGCUGUCAUCGCCAGGCCCGCCAACAUAGAGAGCGAAGUGUGGGCAGCUGGGCUGUGCGGCCGCAUGCUCAUGUACAUGCGGCCGCCGCUGGGCUGCGCCGCUGGCCGGGCGCUGGCCAUGACUGUAAUUCAUCAACCUCAGGCGCUGCAGCAAGAGCAGGAGUUCAUGUCCAGCCUAGCGCUCAGCCUGCGCUCUGGGGUGGCCCGCCUGCAGCAGCUGCGUGCGAACGGCGUGCAGAACCUCACGCAGCAGCGCUGGGAGCCCAAGGCGCACGUGGUAAAUUCCACAGCGCUCCUGAUGCUGCGGUCUCUGCGCACCGGGCUGUGGCAGUUUCAUCAGCGACUGAACGAGCAGCAGGUGACGCGGCUGCUGGGUGUGGUCAGUGCCGGCGGAACCCCGGCGGUGCAGGAGGGCGCGCGCGCCGAUGCCCUGGCUGCGGCGCGGCAGGCUGCAGCAGCAGUGCCCGAGGGCCUGAUCGCCACUGCCGCCCGUGCUUGUGCAAGUGCCGCACUGGAGUAUGGUGGGGAGAUGGCGGGCGCUGCGGGCUGGGCACUCCGCCGCCGCCGCUGCGCUGAGGCCGCGGGAUCAGCUGGAGGGGCCGCGCGUGCAGUUCGGGAGGUGCUGGCGGGCGCGGCGGUGGAACCCCUGGCUUGCGCACUUGCGGAGGCCUUGAUAGAGCAGCGGUUUGCUCGCAUGGCCAUGACCGCUGCAGCAGAGGCCUUUGGAAGCACGGCACCUGCCAUGGCGGCCGUGUCAGCUGCCAUCAACCUCGGCCUACACGCUUCCACCUUCAGCUGCGCCUGCAGCCUCCUGCUCACACAGCCCUUGCCGCCCUUGAUUCUCUGAGCGAGACAGUACCUUGAUCUAUC